GCUACAGGCGGAAGUGUGAUCACGACGCGCGUGGCCGCGCUUCGCGUGCCCGUUCGACAACGACAGGCAGCCUCCGCUCUACAGCUCGUCCGCACCGAACAUGGCACCCAAAGACCCUCUCCUCGGCACCCUCAAAGUGUGCGUCCUGAACCUGCAGUCGGAUGGAGGGGUCGUGUCGGACACCAACCCUCACCUCGCCUCCUGCUGUGAGCUCCUGGAGCUGGUCCUCAGGAAGGGGCUCCAACAACCAGUUCUCAGCCUGGUACACAGAGACUACUGGCAGUGUUUAGAGCAGCUCACUCGCCAAGAUGCCUGUGGCAGGAUGUCGGCCUUGUCCUUGGCAGUGGAGCAGACUAGAGUUUGCAAGAAGCUGCUCUCCGCUCAGGGCCGGGGCCGCUACCUGCUCCGCCUGGGCCUCCGCCGCAAGGCUCUGCCUCAGUUCAUCACUCACCUGCUGCACGCACCCCGAGUCCUGGAGUGGUACAGCCCGGAGCUGUCCAUCCUCAGGAAUGAGGAGUUUGUGGAGCCGUUCAUGUCGCUGCUGCUGGUCCUCUCGCUCAUGGAGUUCAAACUGGACAUGGCGAAUUGCAGUUUUCUGGAUGAGAGCUGGCUCCUACCGGUAAGAAUGAAAAAAACAAAUCAAAGAUUAUUGUUUUCCACACACACGGCGUCACAACAAUAUGACGAAGGUUUUUUGAGAUCACGCGAUCAGCAGAAUGCGAGAGACAGGCGCUCAAUGGUUUCUCUACAUCUCCAGGUGUGUGAGACGUAUGACGUGGUGCCCUGUCGGGAGGUGGGGAUGGUGUUGCGGUAUCUCAGUGGGCGGGUCUUUGUCCUCGACCUGACGCCCGGCAGUCAGGCUCACGUGGACGACUUCCUCCGUCCCGGUGACGUCAUCGAUGAGAUCAAUGGAAUCUCGCUGAGGAACUCCAAGAAUAAACAGGCGGGCGUGGUUCUCUCCCGGCUGAAGGGCCGCCCCAUCGCCAUCGGCGUCCUGCGGUGGCGGGCUCAGGACGGCACGGUGUACCGGCCCCUCGUCAAGCCCCUGCGGGAGCUGAGGAUGGAGAACCCGGCCCUGAAGCUGGGGCCGGCCGCCUCCCAGCAGCCGGCCCCCGAGGACCCGAGCACCUCCCCGUCACGGUGUCUCAAAGAGGGAAGGAUUGUGUACAUCGUGCAGUUCUUGGGAAAAGUAAACAUUGGAAUGUUUGGGGGCAGGGAGGUGCUGCAGCACGCCAUCAGACAAGUGUUGCAGAGAAACAUACCCAGCCAGGAGGCCCUCUUGGAUAUGAAGGAAACUCAUUUGACGUGCACAGACAGAAACAGUAAACUGGAGCUGUUUGAGCACCACUACCCAGAGAUGUCAAGUGUUGGGAGAUUUGGUCAACCGGAUUACACAACAUUUGCAUUCUGCAUGACAGACUCCCCAGAAACACAGCAGUCCACCGGCUUCUGGUGCAUUGCACUCAAAGCAAAGACCACCGACGAGUGUGAAGAGAUCGUCUCCCGUAUUGGUGAGGAAGAGCAGUUUAGAACCAGAAGUCAAAUUUACUAUUUAAUAGACAAUAAAAGUCUGUUUGUGCUCUUCUUACAGCGACUGGCUUCAAGCAUACAGAGUGGUUUGUAUGACACCUCAGUGAAAGCGAACCGUUUUAUAUGUGUAAAUAAAUGUAGUGUGUAAAGAU